AUGAUGAUCAAUGACCAGGUUAUCCUGGAGGAGGAUUAUGACGAGAAUUAUCAGCCUAGCGAAGAUGAGAUCAUUGAGUAUGCACAAAUCAUCGGUAUUGACCCACGUACAGAGCCUCACCUUUUAUGGAUUGCAAGGGAGGGAAUCAAUGCUCCCCUGCCAGAACAUUGGAGACCAUGCCAAGAUCCCAAUGAUGACAUCUACUAUUUUAACUUCGCCUCAGGGGAAAGCAUCUGGGACCAUCCAUGUGAUGAGUUCUAUAGAAAAAUGGUGGCUGAAGAACGCAAGAAAUAUAUCAUGGGUGGAGGGUCAAGAUCAGGGCCUGGAGGUCAAGGACCUGGAGCUGCAACAGUUGGAGGAAAGAAAGGCAAAUUGGGAAAAGAAGAUGGAAAGAAGAAAAAAGACAAACAAAACAAACAGUCUACAUUAAAACUUGGUCCAUUAAAAGCAGAACAGAGCCUGGGUACUCCCUCCCUUCACCGUGGGGGGCCUGGACAAGGGAGUGGACUGGAACCGAUGAAGUCUGGAGGAUCAUUGGGGCCCCUUAGGGGAUCUGCUGGCACUAGUCAACCUAUGCGGUCAAGUAUGAACACAACAACAGGGUCUUUCAAGUCUGGUCAAGCCGUAAACUUAAGCAAGAGUGGAAAUUUGACGAGUAGCAUGAGUAUCCCCAUCUACUCUGUAGAAUUUGAGGAUGAGGAAGCUGAUCAUGAGCGACCUGGACGUCACAGUGUGGAACUUGAGGUUCACGAUGUCGCUGGCCUAGGGUAUGAGGACUCAGACAGUGACAAGAUUGGUCACAAGGAAUCUGACAGUGAUAGCGAGGAUUAUGGCAAAGACAUUGACUUUGGUAUUGACAACAACUUAUCAGAGAGAAUAAUGAACCUGGGAACUGAGAAUUUGGACCCUGUCCGAGGCUCGCUGGAAAAGUUACAAGACUUUGACCCUACAAUGUCAGCGUUGUCCACGGCGAGGGGAGAUUCACCGGGGGGUAACAUCAGCCCCCUUGAUCGACCUGCACCAGACGACAGGAAGAAAAGGGCGGAGGUUGCUGCUUCGGCUGCUGAAAGGAAAGAGAUGCAUUAUAUAGAGUAUGAGGCUAUUAAAGAGAGUGACUUAGAAGAAGAAAGCAAAAUCAGACUUGGCAACGAGCGAACACUACAAGAUUUAAGACUGAGAUUAAAGAAGGAGCUAGAAAAUGCCAAGCUGGAUUUGUUAGAGGAUAAAGACAGAAAACUUCGGAAACUCAAAGAGGAGAUAAUUCUAGAUCAAGAGACAGAAGAAACACGACUGAAGCGAGAUAAAGAGCAGCAGUUUAAUGAGUUGGACACUCAGAUAAAGUCUGAUUUAGAGAAAGAGAAAAAAUCUAUAGAAGAAGAAAAGGCUGCCACACUUGAGCGAUUACUGGAGGAAAUCAAGGAGAAACAUACUGAGGAGGAGGAGAAUCUGCGGAAACAAAUGGACCAAGAUCUGGAAAAGCUGCGGGAGGAAGUAAGAUCCCUGCAAAAGGAAGAACAGAGUCGACUUGUUGAGGACAAACAUAAGAUUCUUGAAAGAUUGAAGUCACAAGUUGACUCUGAGACGUUAGAGGAACAACGACGUCUAGAGGAACAGAAACGUGAACAGUUUGAGGCACUACAGGCUAAACACAGACUGGAGUUAGAGAAUUUAACUGAUGAUGCAGAGCGAAAACAUCGUGAUAAGGUUGACCAGCUCAGGCGUGACUCUUCAGAUAGACAUGAAAAGGAGCUUCAUCGCAUUAGAGAAGAAUUGAAACGUGUUCAUGAACAAGAGAAAGAAGAGAAGGAACAAGAGUUAGAGGCUGCGAAACAGCGUCAGAAAGCAAUAGAUGAUCUGGAUCGAGGGCUUGAUGAGGUAAUGGCUGAACGACGACAAGAUGUUCAGCAACAGCAACAGAAGGAGCUGUCACGCCUGAGGGAUGAACACGAUAGUACCAUCCGUAAACUUCGGGACGAGUUCCAAGAUAAGGAAAGGAAGGAAAGACAACUCUUGGAUGAGAAAAUUGAGAGUGAGGUUCGGAAACUACAAAAACAGAGUGAAAGGGAUUUAGAAGAAGCACGGCGAAAAUUUGAACGGAAACGAGAAUCCAUGGCUGAACAACUGGAGGAUGAGCUUAAACAGCAGCUGAAAGAGCAGAAACACAAGCUCCAACGCCAGACUUCUAGUCUAGAUAGAGAGGAGGAAGAAUAUCAAGAAAAAUUAGCUGAAUUUGAAAGAAAGAAGACAAAUCUGGAAAAAUCUGCCAAGAAUUUAGAUGCUCAGGAAAAGAAAUUGGAUGAUAGAAGAAAGAAGUUUAAAGAAGACAAAGACAGCUUUGAAUUGGAUCAAGAUGAGGCCUUUUCAAGUAAAAAUAACCAGCUCAGUACAAGAGAGUUGGAGAGACUGAAGGAAGAACGGAAACAGAUCUUGGAAGAAAUUAACACAGAGAAUGAAACUUUGGAACAACUGAAGGGUGAACGCCGUACAAUAGAAGGCGAUAUCACCAAGAUGAAAAUUACUCGUGAAAAUAACAAUAGAAAAUUGAACGAGAUGAAGGAACGAAUGGAUCGUAAAGGCAAGGAUCUGGACAGUUUACAACAACGAAUCAUUGAUGCAGCUGACGAGACAAAGUCUCUUGCCGAAGAGAGGCUACGGGCUAACAGUGCAGCGAGGUCAUAUGGUACCCCUGAUAUAAAUGCCACACCCACACGACGCACGCCAGUCGCAGGUUUACUCAGUGAUGAUGAAAUAAUCAGUGAUGUGCCUCCAAAAAGACGAGUCAAAAAAAUACAUUAUCUAGAUGAUCGUACAGAUGAAGAGGAUGUUUCAUCCUUUGGUGGGCGUGUUUGGCAGGAUCUUCUGUCAGAUGAUGAUAGCUUGGAGGAUGUGCCUAUAGCCAGACAUGUUUCACGCAGCAAUGGUGAACUCAAAGAGCACUUUUCUAAAGAGAAAACUGCCAUUUCUGCCACUAAAGAAUUCCUGCGCAAACAGAGACAGUCUUUAAAACGACGUCAGUCUGCACUCCAAGCGGCACGUCAGGAGCUUACCAAAGAUAUUGUCAAACAAAGACAAGGGGUAAGAACAUUGUAGAUUUAUUAAAACAAAAAGUUGAGAGUUAACCUGUCACCAGAUAGUGCCUCUGUGCUGGCUGACGUGAAACAGAGCCUGGAGAAGGAAGAGAUAGAACUGGAUCAGAUGGAGUCCCAGAUGAGGACAGGUAGUCGCCUCGUCAGGGAGAAGGAAAGACGUCUACGUCAGCUCAAGUCGCAGGUCCACACAGGCACAGCUGAGAGUGACAGCGACAUUGAUUAUUCACCGUUUGAGCACCACUACCGUCCCGCCAGUAUGCCGAACCUUGACCUCAGUGAAGACGAGGGUAGCAGUGGCAUUAGUAGCAAUGACAACAGUCUCGACAACGUUAUCAGGGCGCUGACGAAACAAAACAAUCAACAUCAGUCCUUAGGGCCAUUAUCUGUGAAAGUUAAACAAGAUGGCGAUCCUAUUGCAGCCUCACUCCAAAAAAUCAACACAGAGCUUGCUCAAAUCAUUACAAAGAUAGGCACAAAUAGUGCUCCAGUCACGCCACUGAUAGGAACACAAGGUUCAGGUGAAGGAAAAGCCUACAGUAUACCUCUAUACACUCCUCCAUCACAGUCAACUGGUGUUUACAGCCCAGCGGUUGUACCCCACAGUCAGCCGAUACAGGCCUGGGCUCCUCCAAACCCUUAUAUAAAUAAUCCUGCUCACCAUGUGGACUAUGCUUCCCUCGUCUUAUCCGCCGAGCAGUCCUUGGAACGUAAAUGGAGGAAAUACUUUGGAGAUCGACGACCUCCCCUUACCAGUGCUUCUUUGCCACCAGGUGGCGCUCCUGCUGCUUUUGGUCAUACCACAGUCCGGGACCAGCUUCGACAAUACAGAAUAACACUCCAGGAAAAUUUGACAAGCAACCCAGCCAGUAGUCUCUCAACUCAAGAUAAACUCUCAGAACAGAAAAGAUGGCUUCAAAAGUUCGGCCAGGACAUCAGCUUCGGAGCGUCUUUCGUCAAAGCUCCUGGAUCUGAUGCUGGAUCUUCACAUUAUGUCAUUUCCUGUUUUUGUUUGACCUUGACCCUCAUUCUCAGGAAGAGUUUUGGUGCUGGCUCAGUUUCAAGCUUAAGAAUGGCUGACCCAACAAUUUCAUCGACACCUCAGCGAUCUGUUCCCCCGGGCACUGCUCGGCUUGAACUGGAUGAAAAUGAUGAGAUCCGUGUCCGACAUCUCAACUUCUAAUAUUUUUAAUUUAGUGCCAAAAGGAUUCCUACAAAAACUGCUCAUCAACCAAAGUCGUCUUUGUUCUUAAAAAAUAAAAUACAAAAUUAUAUCUAUAAUCAAUUAUUGUCGAUGGGUACGAUCUUUUUAUAUCAGGACCAUUUGUAUUAGUUUGUUCCUACUUGAUAUUUAAAUCUCAGAGUAGUCAGUGUUUGCGGAUGUCGUAAGACCUGUGUUAGUGAAAAAAGUUCAAAACUCAGAGCAGUCAAUGUUUGCGGAUGUCGUAAGACCUGUGUUAGUGAAAAAAGUUCAAAACUCAGAGCAGUCAAUGUUUACUAAUGUCGUAAGAUCUGUGUUAGUGAAAAAAGUUCAAAACUCAGAGCAGUCAAUGUUUACUAAUGUCGUAAGAUCUGUGUUAGUGAAAAAAGUUCAAAACUCAGAGCAGUCAAUGUUUACUAAUGUCGUAAGAUCUGUGUUAGUGACGGAAGUUUAGAUCUCAGAGCAGUCAAUGUUUGCGGAUGUCGUAAGACCUGUGUUAGUGAAAAAAGUUCAAAACUCAGAGUAGUCAAUGUUUACUAAUGUCGUAAGACUUUUUUUUGUUUGUGGCAAAAUUUUUAACUCCGAGUAGUCAGUGUUUACUGAUGUCAUAAUACCUGUGUUAAUGACGAAAGUUAAAAUCUUAGAGCAGUCAAUGUUUACUGAUGUCGUAAGACCUGAGUUAGUGACGGAAGUUAAAAUCUCAGAGCAGUCAAUGUUUACUAAUGUCGUAAGACCUGUGUUAGUGACGGAAGUUAAAAUCUUAGAGCAGUCAAUGUUUACUAAUGUCGUAAGAUCUGUGUUAGUGACGGAAGUUUAGAUCUCAGAGCAGUCAAUGUUUGCGGAUGUCGUAAGACAUGUGUUAGUGACGGAAGUUUAAAACUCAGAGCAGUCAAUGUUUGCGGAUGUCGUAAGACCUGUUAGUGAAAAAAGUUCAAAACUCAGAGCAGUCAAUGUUUACUAAUGUCGUAAGACCUGUUAGUGACGGAAGUUUAGAUCUCAGAGUAGUCAAUGUUUGCGGAUGUCGUAAGACCUGUUAGUGACGGAAGUUAAGAUCUCAGAGUAGUCAGUGUUUGCGGAUGUCGUAAGACCUGUGUUAGUGACGGAAGUUUAGAUCUCAGAGUAGUCGGUGUUUGCGGAUGUCGUAAGACCGGAGUUAGUGACAACAAAAUUAAUCUCAGCUGUCAUUUUUUUAUUUCGUAUGUAGUAGUUAGCAGCAAAAGGUAUUAAGUGCUGCAAUGUCACUAGCGAUUCAUUGAAAAUUUCAUAGAGCGGGAAUGUUAGGGGAAGUGUGAGAGAGUAAGUAAUCAGCAUUAAUACAACAGGUGCUGUGUAAAUUGUUUCUGUAUUUUUCAUCAAUUAAAUAGGCAUGCUGUUACAAUUGUAACCCACAUACAGGGUUGUCUAGUUGCUGUUGAGAACAAAUCAACUUUUUAAAAGGUUAAAUUUUGAUAAAAUUCUCAUAAUGAUUACACAUUUCCUUGCAUUUAGAAACAGAAAUGUGUAGUUAAAGAUUAUGUACAUGGAGGUUUAUUUAAAUCAACAGUGAUGGACAAAUUUUCUGUACAAGAUGGCACUCGUGUAUUCUGUACUGUGGUUUGAAGUUGAGAGCAUUUGUGAAUAUCGGAUACAUUUGUAGGUAAUCGUAAAUCAUAAAUAGUCAGAUAGAGCUGUAUAGGAAAUAUCAUGUGAUUGAAAGUUUCCUAGUAGUCUACUUGGACCGGUCUAUAACAUAGCAUUCAUUCUUUUGAAAAUUUCGCAAGAAUUAAUUGUAAUUAAUGUGUUUAGGAAUGAUAGAGUUCACUGUUGUUAGAAUAGCUUAUUAUUUAAGAAACAAGUUCCCUUAAUGGUUGUGUGUAUAACUAGUGUUAAAAUCAUUUAGCCAAAUGUAUAUAGAUUUGAAAUUCUGUUCCUCAUUUUGUAAAUAUUCAUGAUGAUUUUUUAUUUCCUUGUCCAAGACAUCGGUUUUAUUUCUUUUCGUUUGAUACUCAGAAAGCCUUUUAGCUGUGAUAUUGAUCCAGGUGUAUACGCUAAGCUCAUAAAGAACGACAAAACUUAGCAGUUGAUCCCUCAAUUACGGCUUGAACACACUUGCCUAUCAGUUUCAGCUGGAAAGCAUAGUAUGGUGAUUUAAAACAUGACACACUUCUUAAUUGGAAAGAAUAAGUAGAUAGUUGAAUUUUUGUGUAAGACCUCUGUCUGUCUAUGAUAAACUUGAAAUGUUUUCAUCUUGAGGGGUAUUUUUUUACAUAAAUUCCUGAUUAUUUGAAGUGCUUUCACAUUUGUUUAAAUGAAAACCCGUUAUACAUCAAAUGAAGUGAAAUUCAACGCUUCUGAAGAACUAGGAUGCCUGGAGGUAUAUUUUUCUAUUUUGCCUUCUUCAGUAUGGUGUUUAAGUCUGGGCUCCACUUGUAAUCAAGUUGUUUUUCAUUUAGACCAUUGAUAAUUCUUCAAGGUCGUAAUAUGUGAACAUAAUAUAGGGUGAACUAGUUUGUUCCGCUGUAAUAUUUUGACACGAGUCACUGAGAAUAUGACAUUGAUUUUGAAUUAGUCAUGAGCUCAUUUGUACAUAACUCACAUUAAUUCUACCACUGUCGAGAUAUAUGAUAAAAUAAGUGUUAAACAACUUCUAUAAUUAUUUCUAAUGCAGCUAGGUUCUACUACAACGAUUUGCAGGAAAAAUAGGAGGAUUAUGUGGAGUCGGAAUUGAAAUAAAUAUUUCAUUGCAAUAUUCCUUGUGAUUGUACAUACCACGCUUUAUACAUUUAAUUGGUUUUCAGGUUUUGCAGUUACGAGUGAUCUGAAAGUAUAUGUAUUUUUUUGUCUAUUUGUAAAAUACAUUUUUACUUUAACUGUUAUAAAAACAAAAAAAAACCAGAAAUUCUGAAAUGCUUUCUCUACCUCAUUGUUGGAUUCCAUCUGAUGAAGAUGAUUAAAAUAAUUGUAUUGGAAGUUGUAGUCGAACUACAGUUUCUUUAUCUGUACUAGUCGGACUAUACGGCUUAUGACGAAAAUAUCGCUAUCUACUUUCUUCACUAAUAUUUAUGAAAUAAAAGAUAAGUACCAAAUAGAUGGCUUUUCAGAUCUGUUUUAUGUCUGAUUGAAAUAUUUUAGGGAAGUUUUAUUUCUGUAUGUUACGUUGUAUAAAUUAUAAACACAAUAACACUAUUGAUAAAAACAUAUCUGUUAAGAUUAGUUAUGUUCAUUUUGGCCAUUAUAUUUUACCAAAUAUCGAAACUUUAACAACUUUACGAUAAAAACCUGCAAUAUCACGAUAUUUAUCAGAUUAAACAUGGGUCAGUACACUAGUAAACGAAAUUUUAAUGUAUUGUAAGGUAUUUUUUCUUGUCUAAAAUAUGAGAUAUAAAUGUGACCUUAUGUAUAUCUUCAAGACACCUUGUCUUUUCUUUUGCUAUUUAACGGAAUAAAAAUCAGCACGACGGUUCGGAAUAAAUAAAAAACAGUUUCAAUUAAAUGAAUAC